UUUAUUCGGGACAUGGCAUGGCCUUCUCCUUCCCCAAAACCGCUUCAACCUUCCUCUUCCUCCUCUUCACUUUGAUCUUCUUCUUCCUCCUCCUAUCAAACCAUCUUCCUCCUUCCACAAUCCACCGCCGUUCACUCCUCAACACCACCACUUGUUCACACAUUCUUCAAAUCCAACCAAAUCAGCGCUGCUCCUUCUCCACCCAUCACUGCUCCGUUGACUCCAAUGGCCUCCUCAACUACUUCUCCUUUCACUUCUGCCACUUCCAUCAAAACCCUUUUCUCUCCAUCCCUUUCCUCUCACUCACCGUCGUCUUACAGUUCUACAUCCUGGUCAAGACCGCCCAGGAUCAGUUCUCCGUCGUUGUCACUAAACUAGCCACACACUUGAAUUUGUCUCCCAGUAUGGGUGCAGUCACGCUACUAGCACUUGGAAACGGCGCCCCCGAUGUGUUUGCAUCGAUCGCCGCCGUCGGUGGUGGCAACGCGCGAACUGGGUUCGGCGCGAUUUUGUCAGCCGGUACUUUCGUUUCGGCUCUCGUUGUUGGAUUUGUUGCGAUCUAUGCAGCGCCCUUCGCAGUUUCCCCUGCGCCUUUCAUAAGGGACGUUUUGUUUUAUUUGACUGCGGCGUUAUUUCUGUUCUAUGUGUACCUUAGUGCCGAGAUUUUCCUGUGGCAGGCGGUUGGAUUUGUUGGGUUUUAUUUGGCUUUUGUUGGAUUUGUGUUUUGGAUGGAUUUCGGGAUGGAUACUGGUGGGAAAUCGAAGGUUGGUAGCCGUGAGGUUGUGGGUCUUGUUGGGGAUGGAUAUGAUGAUCAUAAAGGUUCGAUGGAAAUUGAUUCUGAAAAUGGAAGUAAUGGUAUGGAUUUCACCAAGAAGAAGACAGGAUUUGGGUUUCGGCAAGCUUUUGAAAAGCAGAUAUCAAAAAUUUGGGAAUUCCCUGUAUCAACGAUGUUAAAGCUCACGAUCCCACAAGCAUCACCUUCUGAAUGGAGCAGGCUCUAUCGAUCCGCCAAUAUUGCACUAUGCCCGCUUGCUCUUAUGUACUCAUGCAAAUCAGUCAUGCCUCUAAGUCAUCCCAUUGUUUUUCUCCUUCCAAAUGUCCAUUUUCCUCUGUGGUUAGUAGUUCUCUUCGGAAGCUCAUCAAUGGCAAUUGUCCAUUUUGUAGUGGAAAGAAAGCCCCCAAGAACCGAACAAAUGCCCGUAGUGCUUAUGGGAUUUAUUAUGAGUGUGUUUUGGAUUUCCACCAUGGCCGGAGAACUCCUCAACUGUCUUGCAGCACUAGGAUCACUUAUGGAGGUGCCUCCAUCACUUCUUGGCUUAACUGUGUUAGCUUGGGGGAAUUCAGUGGGGGAUCUCGUGGCAGAUGUUGCUGUGGCCAAAGCAGGCCAACCGGCUAUGGCCAUGGCUGGAUGCUUCGCUGGUCCGAUGUUCAAUAUGCUUUUUGGGCUCGGAAUGGCUUUAGUGAUACAGACGGCUAAUGUGUACCCAGAAGCUUACGAGCUUCAAUUCCAUGUGAGUAUCGUGGUGGCGUUUGUUUUCUUGAUUCUGAGCCUGAUGGGAUCACUGUUGGUUGUAACUUGGUGCCGAUUUCGCGUGCCUAGAUUCUGGGGAUUUUGUCUUGUUGGUCUUUAUGUGUUCUUUAUAGCAUUAAGCCUGCUCAUUGCAAAGCUCCAAUUCUGAUCAUGCAUUCUGAAGAAAAUGCUGCAUGCCCAUUAACUCAGACAGACCAUUUGACCAUAUUCUCGGAAAACCUGUGAUCUGAUGAUAUAUGAUCUUACACGUGAUAUAUCUUCCGUGUUAUGGGUUGGAAGGUUGAUGGUUUGUAUGUUGGAUCAGGUAUUGUUUGAAAUUUUUGGAAGUCAGUUUGUAUCGGUUAUAUUCAGCUAACAAGCGGGAUAGCUGGCUUGAGAAGGGAAAAAAAGAAGGUAUACAGAAGGAACGUGUACAAUAGUGCAGAUCGAUGGCAAGAAUUGUAGACGUGUGCAUUAUAUACUAAACGAUGUGGCGUAAUGUUGUUCCUAUCGUCUCUUGUUUAGUGUUGAACGAAAAGCUCUGUUAUCCUGCUUUGUUAAAAUGCUCUUGUAAUACCAACAGCAAUCAUAUCGUUGUAAAUCCCACACAAAAUAGGGUUUUGGAGCAUAAGAUAUGCGUCUUAUUAACAAGCGUAAAGAUCUAUGUACCAAUUUAUGCUGUACCUAAAAAUGCCAAAAAUUUCGG